UAUUUUCUUCGCGUUGAUUUGGUGAAAAAUUUUGUGUUUCUAAGAAGGCAGUUUGUUUAACCCUCGUGCCUUGAAACUCAAGAUUCCACUUCUAGAACCACUCUCGCUACGAUCGUGGUUCAAUUUUAGAAUAUUUCUCUUGUUCGGGUAUCAAUUAAUUUAGCACGAACGGUUAAACAACUAUUUUUUGUUGUUAAAUAAAUAACUAUUUUUUAGAUAUUUUCAUUACUUUCGUAAUUUCUCAAUGGAAUAUCAUCCAAAGAUGUCAAAACAACGGCAGGUAAAAGAAAAUUGCGCGUUAUCGUUUGCUGACCAUUCCGAUAUAACGCCGAUCAACAACUGGUUCAGAAAUGGUUAAUUUAGAGACUAAAGUGUGGUUUUUAUCGCCGACUUUUUUAUUUGCACAGUUAAGAAGUCAAUAAUUGGUGUCAUUAUCCCAAGAAAAAUCUUAACAGCGUGAUUCAGGAUUUAUUUCUACUACGAAUAGUGUCAUCUAGCGUGAAAUUCUGUAACCUUUUAAUUCGUACCAUUCCAAACAAACGUCUUGGAUUAUGGAGUGUGGAAUUAAAAGGAGUGAAAUCUCUUAUAGUAGAACUGUUGCAAAAGUGUCCAGCUAUCAGCUAUAAUAAUAGUUCCAAAUCUCUCCAGAGUCGCGCUAGAGUAGCUUAGAACCUAGGCGUUAUUGACGGAGUGAAGUGCACUGUCUAUGAUUUCUUUUUUUCCAAGUAUUUUAGGUAUUGUAGCGCCACCUAUUUAAGGUUUUUUGAUGACACUUUUUGGUACAUGGAGAUUCCAUUCCUUACCUCCACCUUCCAUAUUUUGGAUAUUGCACCAAUGUCAUUCAUAUAUUCAUGUCAGGGCGGCUACCGGGAAAAUCGUAAUUCGUCAAUUGCAGGCAUUUUUCUCUGUCACUCUAAUUACGUCUUAGUGAGAGUAAAAGAGAAAGAUCCCCGCAAUAUGCGAAUUUCGGUUUUUGCGGUAGGCCCCCAGUAUUAGCAGUAGGUGUCAACUGUCACUGUCAGUAUCACUAAACUGUCACAUUCACAUGUACUUGUUUAUGUUAUCUUACAAGCGUAAAUUCAGUAAUUAAUUUAAUUACCUUGUAUUGUGCCGUACUCCAGUGCUCUUCCAUUAGAAUAUGGCUAAUCUAUUAUUAAGUCCUUCGGAAAAAGUAUUUAUUCUUCACGGCGUACAAGAUGAUUAUCGUUCAGAUGGCCGAUCAAACAUAGAUUACAGACCUAUGGAGUUAGAAACUGAUGUAGUCAGCCAUGCUAGUGGAUCGGCCAGGCUUCGCUUAGCCAAUACAGAUAUACUUGUUGGUGUAAAAACUGAAAUUGAUGUACCAAAACCUGACAAACCAGACUUAGGAAAGAUAGAGUUCUUUGUUGAUUGCUCAGCAAAUGCAACCCCAGAAUUUGAAGGUCGGGGAGGAGAACAGCUUGCUAACAGCAUAGCGAACCUCAUGCAGAGAGCCUAUCACUCCUCACAAGCAUUUGAUCUCAAGCAACUGUCUAUCUUAGAGGGAAAGCAGUGUUGGAAGUUGUACAUUGAUGUUUUGAUUCUUGAAAGUGGUGGCAACCUGUGUGAUGCAGUUUCCCUAGCCGUCAAAGCGGCGUUGUUCAACACCAGGAUUCCCCUCGUAAAGGCAGCUUUGAUGGAUGGAGGAAAUGUAGACUUGCAGCUGUCUGACGAUCCCUAUGAUAGUAAACUGUUAGAUGUUGGAAGUGCGCCACUCUUGGUAACAUUAUGCAAAAUCGGAGACAAAUGCGUCGUAGACCCAUCAGCCGAAGAAGAAAGCUGCAGCGUCAUCUCCCUCGUAGUUGGAGUCUCGGGUAACCCCCGACACUACAGCGCGGAAGCCCUGGAGGCUCCCGAAGGCGGCAAGUGCACAACUAUAGCCAUGAACGGCCCGGGCAGCGUCGCGCCGAAGACACUAAAGGAUGCCAUCAACCAAGGAAUAAUUGCUGCCAAAUCUCUAGAUGAAGCUUUAGGUGACGCACUUCUACGAGAACGAAAGGAAACUAUCGGCCUGAAAAAACAUUCCUAUGGAUUUCUCAAAUAAAAACUUUACGUUUUUAAAAAA